CUGAGUUUCAUCAUGCGAUUUUCCAGCGUGAGACGCGUGUCUGCUACAGGCCACCGUAGUGUCUGCUUCAGGCCACCUUAGCACAGACUCAUCUCUUCCAAGAAACACAAUGUGUGGUAUUUGGGCCUUGUUUGGCAGUGAUGAGUGCCUGUCAGUUCAGUGCACCUGCGCCAUGAAGAUCGCACACAGGGGUCCGGACGCUUUCCGCUUCGAAAAUGUCAACGGCUUCACCAACUGCUGCUUCGGCUUCCACCGUUUAGCCAUCGUGGACCAGCUGUACGGGAUGCAGCCGUUACGCAUCAAGAGAUUCCCGUACCUAUGGUUGUGUUAUAACGGAGAAAUCUACAACCACCUUAGGAUGAAAAAGCACUUUGAUUUCGAGCACCAGACCAAAGUGGACGGAGAGAUCAUCCUCCACCUGUACGACCGAUUUGGCAUCGAGAAAAUGGUGUCGCUUUUGGACGGAGUGUUCGCCUUUGUGCUUCUAGACACGGCCAAUAGGAAGGUUUUUCUGGGGAGAGACACGUACGGCGUCAGGCCUUUAUUCAAGAUGCUGACUGAAGAUGGUUUCCUCGCUGUGUGUUCUGAGGCCAAAGGCCUGACCCAGAUCACCCACUCCAUGUCGACCCCUGUGAAGAUCAACCCAUUCCUACCAGGCCACUUUGAGGUGUUUGACCUGAAGCUGAACGGAAAAGUGGAGUCAGUUCAGUUUGAUCGCUUCCACCGCUGCACCGAUGAGCCCAAACACGCCGCCUACAACAACAUCGAGAACCUCGGCACAGGUUUUAGUCCAGAGACUGUAAAAAGCAACAUCAGGAUCCUGUUUGAAAACAGCGUCAGGAAGCGCCUCAUGGCCAACAGGAGGAUCGGCUGCCUCCUCUCAGGUGGCCUUGACUCCAGUCUCGUUGCUGCCACUCUCGUUAAGCUAACCAAGGAGGAGCAGCUGCAGUAUCCCAUUCAGACAUUUGCUAUCGGGUCAGAAGACAGUCCGGACGUUCUAGCUGCACGCAAGGUUGCAACCCAUAUAGGCAGCGAACACCACGAGGUGAAUUUUACCCCCGAGGAGGGAAUUCGCGCACUGGAGGAGGUUAUUUUUCACCUGGAGAGUUACGACAUCACCACAGUGCGCGCGUCAGUUGGCAUGUAUCUGAUCUCUAAAUACAUCAGAGAAAAGACAGACAGUGUGGUGAUUUUCUCUGGUGAGGGAUCUGAUGAACUCACGCAGGGCUACAUCUACUUUCAUAAGGCUCCAUCGGCCAGAGCUGGAGCAGAGGAAAGCGUGCGCCUGAUGGAGGAACUUUAUUUGUUCGACGUACUGAGAGCAGACAGGACGACGGCAGCACACGGGUUGGAGCUGAGAGUUCCUUUCCUGGACCACAGGUUUACCGCUUACUACCUCUCUCUGCCUGAUGACCUCAGGAUGCCCAAGGAUGGCGUGGAGAAGCGUCUUCUGAGGGAAUCAUUCGAAGGACUGAAUCUGAUCCCUGACGAGAUUCUGUGGAGACGUAAAGAAGCUUUCAGCGAUGGAAUAACGUCUGUGAAGAAGUCCUGGUACACCAGCUUGCAGGAACACAUCGAGUCUGAGGUGAACGACAGCGAGUUAGAGAAAGCGGCGGUUUUGUUCCCCUUCAACCCGCCCAUUACCAAAGAAGCCUUCUUCUUCCGGAAGAUCUUCGAGAAGCUUUACCCGGGACGCUCCGAGUGGACGCCUCAUUACUGGAUGCCUCGAUGGAUCAAAGCCAUCGAUCCCUCCGCCCGAACCCUCUCCAUUUACAAACCAGACAAAGAUCAGUAACUCGUUCAAUCAAGCCCCAUUCUGUUUUAAAGGUAAACACAGUGUGUAACUGUGUAAUCGUGGAUCAUCCUGUGUGCCUUUAAUAACAGUGCUAAACAUUUUAAAUAGCUUUAAUAAUUAUUUUGAAAAAAGAAUGAUAUACUUGGGGGUGUGUCGUUAUUGCAAAAUUACCAUAUUGUGAUACUGAUAUUGUGAUCCACCCUUUGCACUCAGCACACUCGCAGCGCCUCGCCUUCUUACCAGUCACCUUCACCUGUGUCCAAUCCACACCCCUUCCAUUAUACCUGCCCCCCGUUCCCACUCAAUCACCGUCCGAUCUACGGUUCAUUCUGGCAAUCAUUCUGGACUACCUGUGUUUCGGAAUAUACCCGUUUCCCAGUACAUGCUGCUUCCUAGCUUAUUUUUUUCCCAAGGCUAAUAAACAUAUUUUGGUUUCCAA